AUGUAUCUUUUAAUUUUCAUAUCAUUAUUAAUUGGAAGUAACUGCCAAUCUUUAAUUAAUUCAUAUUUUUUUUCUAUCAGUCCAUUUUACCAGUUACAUGAAUUGAACACUCCACCUAAAAACAAAGAGUGCUGUGGGGAAGACCGAACUCGACUCCUUGUAAGAGAUCUGGAACCUGAAAAUGAAAUUGUAAGAACAUUAUCUACACCCGAUUUUGACUUACGAGAAGUCUACAGAUACAAUGGAUAUGAGCUCAAAUAUAAAUUUAAGGAGAUCAUUCAGGAUUCUUCACAAUUGGAAGUUAAUUGUCGAGCUGUCUGUGUGAUUUUAAAAUUAGAAUCUGGUAAAGGUGUACAAAGUUAUAGAAUUUUACCAGAGGGCAUGCGUAUAAAUGAUGCUGUGUGGAGAGUAGAUGAUGAUGAACUAGUUGUAAACAUUCCGUACGAACAUAGAAACAUAGAAAUACCCGAAUCCUGCCCUAAAGAUAGCUUAAAUCCCAUGGAUUUAGGAACACCUUUUAGUCCAGACUAUCGUAUGUACUGGUUACAUCGAUAUGGUAUUAAUUUGGACAAGGAAAAAGCACACAAAGAUAUAAAUAGUUUUGAAUAA